AUGCCACCGAACAGCACCGACGCCAAAAAUGCCGACGAGAUCCAAGUUGCAUUUUCCCACGAAGAGCUACACUCCGAUGACGACUUAUCCCCGAGACUACUUUCUAGAGUGAAAUGGAAGCUGGACCUUUUUAUUCUACCUAUCAUAUCGAUUGUUUACUUCUUUGCACAAAUGGGAAGAUCAGAUCUCGCCAACGCCAAAGUUGCAGGCCUCUCAGAUGAGCUGAAACUCUCUCCUCGAGACUAUUCGAAUGCGGCAACAGUAUUACUCGUGGCCUAUAUUGUUUUCCAGCUACCGGGCACGCUCUUGAUCAAGCAGAUUGGGUCGGCGAGACAGUUUUCAGGGGCCAUGAUCAUCUGGGGUGCAAUCACUGCAUCUACAGUCGCCAUUCACAACAAAGGCGAGCUCUUUGCCUUGCGCUUUCUUAUCGGAGCAGCUGAGGCAUUCGUCCAGGGCGGAGUAUUCUAUCUGUCUUUCUGGUAUCAGUAUGACGAGCUUGCCACGCGUGGAGCUAUCUUCUAUUCCAUGAGCACGUUGGCGGGUGCUUUCAACGGAUUGAUAGCGUACGGUAUCGAGAAGGAUAUGGAUGGGAUUCGGGGCUGGAGAGCUUGGCGUUGGAUAUUUUUAAUUGAAGGACUUAUGCCUUGCGUGGCGGCAUUCUUCGUGUUAUUUCUACUUCCCAACAGCCCAGAAACCCUACGAUUCGGCUUUACGGCGGAGGAAAAAGCGUUGGUAGUACGACGCAGCCGUCGCGCGCAUAACACCUCUGAGGCGAGACUUGAACUAAAGAAGAUUCCAUUGGUGCUACUCAGUAUACAUUUCUGGCUCUUGCUUGGCAUUGCUUGCUGUGGCCAUUUCUGCGUCGGGUCGAUUUCCAACUUUCUUCCGGCAAUUAUUCAGGGCUUUGGAUACACCUCGAUGAACACUCAGCUCUUUUCAGUCAUAGUAUACGCCUGCGCCUGUGUCGGUGUAUUGUUCUGGGCCAAGGUAGCUGAUCGAACAAACGCUCGAGGUCUAACAAUGGCAGCAUCAACAUGUGGAGCGAUCGUGGGCUACUCACUACUCCUCGGGUUAGAAAAUGAUAAAGCCAGAUUUGGCGCAACCUGUCUUGUGGCAUUCUCAGUGUACCCGAGUGUGGUUCUCCAGCUUUCCUGGGCGGCCAUGAGCUUUGUCGGCUAUACACGAAGGGGCUCUUCACUAGCCUUUACCAACAUAUUCUCCCAAAUCUUCGCAAUCUGUGGAACACAGGCCUACAGCGACCCGCCAUACUACCGGAAAGGAAAUGCCUCAGCCCUCGGACUGUCUUGUGUUUCCCUCGUGCUUUCACUAGGUCUACGAUGGUAUUUCAGCGCUGUCAAUAAAACGAAGGCUUCCGAGCAAUUUUCGGAGGACGCUCGCUCUCAGCGACGAAAGGGCCUAGAAGAGCUGGGAGACAAGCAUCCAGACUUUUUAUAUACAACGUAA